CUCAGUCAAUUGUCAAAGAAUAAAUAAAUAUGGAGAAGACAUUUUCAGUACUAUUGGUUUUCAUCAUUUUCUUCAUAAUUUUUGCUUCCGUUGAAAAUAAAAUGCAAGCAAAUGCAUGCAUGGAAGGUCUCGGUAAUUGCCAGCAAUGUGAUGCAAGAUGCAAGGCCAAGUACGGACCAGAAGGCAAAGGCAGUUGUGAUGUCAGGAAUCAAUUGUGCACGUGUUACUACCCAUGCGGAAAAGGUCCUUCGUCACUCGGCCCACUCCAGUCCAAUACAUGCAACGCUGUACUUCCCGUGUGCGACGAUAAAUGUGAUAGUGAGUGUUGCAACCAAAUAUGUGCGCAAAAUUAUUUACUAGGAAGUGGACUUUGUGACAGCAAUGGCGGUAUUUAUAUGUGCAAAUGCCAAUAUAGUUGCUAAAAUUAUUUCAAUUCUUUUAAAAUAGGCAAAACCGAUUAAUUGUCUUUUUCUGUUUCAACUUG